UGAAAGUUAGAGGAAAUGAAAGAGAAGGUCAGAUGGCGUUACUGUGUCGGAGGUUUUCUUUUGCGCAAGUGCAAUAUCGCUUUCGGUUGUGCAAAAAUCAAGAGAAGAGUUGCGCGCUCUCGUUGCGCUGCCAAUAUCAACUGGAUGUACUCCGAUGUGCUGUGACCGUAAAGACUCGGUGAAUACACACAUUCGAUUCUUAUGUUUGAAUUUUGAUGUUAAUUUCACGUGUUGUCCGGUUUUUGCAAAGUGAUCGCUGUAUAUACCACACCAGCCGUAUUCCGUUCUUGUCAAAGAAUCCCUCGUAUAUGUACGCAGAAUAGUGUUCCGCGUGACACGCUGUCGGGGAUUCGCCGUGUUUGACAAUGCACUCGUAGGAGCGCGUGCGAGUGGCAAAGUCAUCAGGAUCAUUUUCGCGGGAUCGCGAUUUUUGUCGCAAAUGCGUCGCGAUCGCAUCGUUCAACGCGAAUGUUUACAUUUGGUAUGUUAAAUGGCAAAGAAUAUGGAGGUGGUUGACGCCGAGGUCAACGGUUAUCUCGAACAAACAGCAGAUUUGUCGGCGGAACUCGACGACGGUGCUAAUGCGGAUGCCAACGACAACACGUUGACGAACGAGUUGUCGCCGCGCGCUUCGACGGACGACGAUGAAAAACUCAUCGGUUCGCGACGGACGACGAACAACAAGCCUCGCACUGACGUUUCCGAUGAGAAACGUGAGAAAAUUAGCGAUUCGUCGCGAGCGGCUUCAGAAAGUCACGGAACCGAAUCGUCAGAGGCAACAGCUACAAAUGCCAACGUUCGUCAAACCCCGUUGGCCUUCACCAUCGAUUUUGGCGACAAGGAAGUGGACAUGACCAAAUAUCAGAAUAUGUUCGAAAGGUACAACGCCAGACACAGGCGAAAUCUCUCCACGUCGAAGGUAGAAGUCAAACCAAAAAAGCCAAAUAUCAUAUUGUCUCCAAACUUGGUGCAAAAGCAGAAAGUUCCUAGUACUUAUUCGGAAGGUUACUUUAGUAGUGAAGAUGAUACAAAACGAAAAUUUGAUCACUUGUCGGAAAGACUUAAGCAAUUAGGUGUUAAGAAUUCUUCAAGACCACAAGGUAGCACAAAGAAAUCUACAAAUAAGCAGGAAGACUUUUGUCAUCAAAAUAAGCAGGACCUAAUGACAAGAUCCUGCGAUGGUGAAUCACAGCAUCACAAAUUAUCGACCCAAAGUCUCUCUUUAGAAUUGAAAUUCAAUGAAAACCUGUACUGGUCAUCUCAAAGAUCUACAAAGAUAAAUGAUCUAAAUCGCGUUCUUCAGAUGAACAAUUAUGAUGGUGAAAACGAGAAACAGUACACAAAAAAUAUUGAGUACAUCGAUCACGAAUACAAAGAGAUAAACGAUAUUAAGGAUAAUAAAGUUUCUAAUAUAAAUUAUAUCACUGACGAUUUUAAUAUAAAAAACAUGAAGGAAAGAGAGAAUCAUUCGUCGAGCAGCAGUUACGGAAUGGACAAUCUGAAUGCGGACAACAUAGCGGAAAGUACCAAUCUAGAUGCAUUUAAUGUCAGCAAUAUCGACGCCGAUUCUGAUGGCGCGGUAAGUGAAGCUGGAACUUACACAAUUCACAAAGAUUACACUGAUGAGGAGAAAGCAAGAAUGGAUAUUGAUAAGGUAUUCAGUGUCGGUGUUCUAACUGAAGAUGAGAGCAACGAGGUGUAUCUUCAUAAUUUCAAGAUGAACAGUUCUCGCGAUAACAACGCAUGGAUAUCCGAAUGGGCUACUCAGGUAGCAGAACAUAACUCGCUACCUCCGAUAAUUGGUGGUUCAACAGGUCGUGCGUCGCCUAUGAGUCCAACCAAAAUUCCAUCUCCGAUUCACGGGUCUCAACGAAUGUCGCGUAAUCGUUACGAACAAUCUGAUAGUAAUCUGGGUGCCGAUUCGUACGUGCGAAUAAAGGAAAGAAUUAAUUUGAUCUCGAGUCAGCAUCAGAUUAUAGAUUCCGGUGGCGAAUCCGACGAUGACGACACUAGCAACAGUUACAAUACUCCGCCCAACAGUUCGCAGCGCACACCUGUCCAUAGCGCAGUAGCUAGACGCAGUAGUUUGUCCGAGAGCUUGUUCCGACGAGCGAACAGUAACGAAACUAGACGAAGUGUUCGAAAAUAUUUAAAUUCGACCAAAUCGAAGACUAAAGAUGCCAAUGUAGAAUUAUUGAAUAAUCCAUCCCAAGUCUUGUCGGUUCUUCAUUUAGAAAGAAGAAGCAGUUCUUUGGAUAGGAAAGAAUACGCUUCUGACACAACGGAAUCUAAUACGUCCAGAAAAAAUAGUAUGCAGUAUCAGAGAGAAGAUUUCAAACACACCAAUAGUCCCGUCUUGAGCCGUCUGAGGCCGCCUACACCAAAAUUAACUACUAGUCCAAUUGUUAAUCGCAAGGCCGCUGCAGCGAAGAUUCUUAAUUCUCCCACAUUAGAUAAACCGAAGCAUCUGGUAAACUUGUCUCAACAAAUGAAAAAUGUAGGGUGUUUUGCGCGCGUCGAAAAUAGCCCGUAUAUGUUGAGGAAGUCCAAGAGUACUACAAAUUACCACGAAAGAACCAGUUAUUUUGACAAAGACGUGUCCAUCAAGACAUCCAAUGUGUUAAAAACCAGUCCAGAGCUACAACGGCAUCUUAACAUACAGAGAUCAUCGAGUAAUACGAAUAUUAGAAAUGUAAAGUCGCAGAAUACCGUCGCACGUCGUAGCAGUUUUAAUAGCAACGAUACUGAUAGAACCGCGUCGCGAGGAAAAGUCGUGGUUGCAUCCGAUAGCAGCAGCGAAACCGGUGACCAACAAAAAAAAUCUCCUUUGAUGUCAUCGGGAAUCAAAUUGAAUAGGGCUUUCAGUAUAAGAAGAGCAAGACUAAAUUCCGAGUCUGACACAACGCCGAACACGACUCCCGAAGAGAGACGCAGAAGAGCACAAUCCGAGAUCAAGACUGUAUCACACGCGAACAAACAACAAAAUUAUCAUCGCAGUCGCACGAACAAUGCCGGGGCGCACAAUAAAGAGCCGUUGAAAAAAUUCGAGCCAACGAAAUAUAGACCCUCGUCCAUAUCUAGAACCGAUACUGGAAGAUUCAGUAUGAGAGCAUCAAAAUCUGCUCAUCAUUCUGUCAACCAGAAAACGAAUCAAAAGCCGAGCAAGGAUCACAAAAAAUCUGGCAGGAGCAAUUCCACUCUUACGUCUAAAGAAGUGGAAUUUCAGAAUUGGAAGAGACGGAAAAGUUACGAUCCAAUGAAAGCAGCGGCCGAAGGUAGAAAAAAAUUAAUAGACACUACGAAGAAACAUCAUAGUACUGAAGAUAGUUCCGGAAACCAUGACAGUUCCGUUCUGAGAUCUGCCAGUUUUCAUGGUACAGGAGGUGCUCUCUCAUUAGCUAACGACUGGUCAGACAAUGAAUUAAAUAGUACCUAUGUAGAUAACCACGUACCACCGCCCAGUAGUCCACAGCUGGAAAGCGACAGCGAUUUAGAUACCUCCUCUUAUCUGCAAACGACACAAAACGUCGUGUCCAACAUAGCCGCUCGUAUAACGGAAUAUUGUCUUCCACUCAACUCCGAUAACGAGAGCGAUGAGGAUACGAGUCAUAGGCUGCAUCAGAAUAUAUCAAAGGGACUGUGUCAUCGGAGUGACACAGAAAGUAGCGACGAACAGCAUCCUGUUGCACAAUUUCCUAUCUCCAAUGUUAAAGAAUUUAGAACAAAGCUGGAUCCGCAACGAACAAAGUUGUCUUCCAAUACAAACAAAACUAAACCCUUGUCGCACGACAUUCGUAGCAAAACUGAAUCUCUUUCCAAUGUUAGUAGAACAGAUUCUGGACGAUCUAGCGCGCGAGUUAGUAGAACUUCGAACAUGGGACCUAAAAGUAAACCGAGAGAAUCAAAAAAGCUUCCAACAUCAAAUGUACGGGACGUUGAAAUGCAAAAUUGGAAGCGUCGCAAGAGUUACGAUCCUAUGAAAGCCGCGAUGGAAGGAAGAAGAAAAGCGGGCUUAUUGAAAAAAAAUUUAAGUGCAAAUCUAUCACCGAGCCCUGUAGCAAAGUCGCAGAGUUUUCAUGGAUCCGUAAGAUUGGCCGUCGGUGACUGGAGCGACGAAGAACUAGUCAUAUCUGCAGACGAAGUAUCACUUUAUUAGAAUUGUCUCAGAACCCUAUCAAAGGUAACAUAUAUGUGCGAAAGUAAGAUAACGAAAAUUACACAAAAAACUUCUGAUAUAUAAAUUGCAGUUAUAAUUAAAUUUAAAAGUAAAACAAUUUGUUCGGUGAUAAAAGUCACUUCAGAAAAAUUAAGAAAAUGAUUUUCAUAUUGCGUGCGUAACUUUGUGACCAACUGUUAAUCACCGUGUAUUCGCGAAAUCUCAAGUUACUACAAUUGUGCUUCCCAAAGGUGAUCUUUCAGGCUCUUGAAGUUUGCGAUAUUAAUGUUGAGAAAACACGUCCACUUGUUUGUACACAUUUAAUUUUGUAAGAACAUUUACGUUUUUUUUUUUUUUUUUUUUUUU